AUGGACUCUCGCUUGCUUUUCCUUCCUUUCAAUUGGUUGCACCGCCCUAAUAUUUGCUUCUCUUAUGUUACAUUGUGUCCAGUGCUGUAUUUUGUGCAGAUUACUCAUUAUGAUAUAAUGUUUCAUCUGUUCUCAUACAAAUCCUAUUUAGGCACAAGCAAUCACACAUUUGUAGGCCAAUUUGUUCUUCUAGGACUAACAGAUGAUCCAGCAAUUCAGCUUUACCUCUUUGUACUAUUUAUGCUUAUGUAUACUCUUACUAUGGUGGGGAAUAUAGGUAUAAUCAUGUUGUUUGUAAUCACACCCAGCCUUCACAAUCCAAUGUACUUCUUCCUUAGUCACUUGUCAUUUACAGAUCUCUGUUACUCUUCUGUAAUCACCCCAAAAUUAAUGGACAUUCUAAUUAUUGGGAACAAAGCAAUCUCUUACUCUGGCUGUAUGAUUCAGCUUGUUGUAUUUAGUAUAUUUGGAAGCCUGGAGUGCCUGAUACUAGCGGUGAUGGCAUGUGACCGCUGUGCCGCAGUGUGCAAACCAUUGUUUUAUCACCUUAUUAUGACUGAUGCUGUGUGCAGAAGAUUAAUAGCUGGGUGUUACACUAGUGCCAUUUCGUGUUCCCUCUUAAAUGCUUCAUAUGCUUUACAAUUAAACUUCUGCAGCACUAAAAAUAUCCACCAUUUUUAUUGCGACUAUCCUCCUUUGUUAAAACUUGCCUGCUCUGAUACUUCAGGGAAUCAGAUAGUACUUCUAGCUUCAGUGUCAUGCGUCAGUGGCUUAUCUGUGCUCACCAUACUUCUCUCCUAUGGAUAUAUUGUAUAUACUGUCCUAAGGAUUAAAUCAACAGAUGGAAGGAGCAAAGUUUUUUAUACUUGUUCAUCACAUCUAACAGUUGUUUCUGUUUUUUAUGGAACUAUUUUAUUUAUGUACCUCCGACCUGGCGCAAAAUAUUUUUCGGAUCAAGACAAAGUAGCUGCUGUGUUUUACACAGUAGUUAUACCUAUAUUAAACCCUAUUAUCUACAGUUUGCGGAGCAGGGAGCUGCAAAGUGCUUUUCACAAGUUUUUAGGAGGAAUUAAUCUAACUUUCUAA